AUGGCCGGGAAAAUCUACACACCCGGCGAGCUUCUCCGACUCAAGAAUACCCCUGUCAACAGAGAGCUUUACAAUCAGCUCCAAGAAAAGCUUCGCAAAGACCAAGAGCUAGGCGAGGUCCUUCGCAUGCCUGUUGAGAGCUCACUUGCCCGCAUCACGGAGGAACCUGCCAACAUGGCUGCAGGCUCGGAGAGCACUUCUCCCCGCCGUGUCGAUGCGGCUAGACAGUUGGAUGGUACUGAAUCUGAAUGGAGAUAUCGUGGCCGCAACGAUUCGGAAGCUAUUGGGGCUCAGCCCAUCUCUGCUCCGACUGGCCUAGCUGCCCAAAAGGAUGAAGGCUUUCAACGAUUCUAUCGAGCAGUCGUGUCACCAACUCAUGUUCGAGUGACUGCUGGCGGCCGCAUCGUCCCCAACACACGUGGUUCUCCAUCGCCCACAACUAGGUGGUCCAAGGACAAAUCCGCGGUGGAAGCAACUGACAACAACUCUGGCCGCCCGCCAAACCGAGACCUUCAGCAAGGCCAGUUUCUUAUGCCGCAACACCACUUCGGAUUCUUUCCGCACCACGCCAUGAUCCCCGGCUUUGCGCCCGGAAUGGUACCUGCAAUGCCUAGAAUGCCCGUAGUACCUGGCAUGGCUGCAAUUUCUACAAUGCCUGCAAUUCCGGCAAUGCCACCGAUGCCUGCGAUGCCUGCAAUGCCUGCGAUGCCUCCGAUAUCUCCAAUGCAUGCAAUGCCUUCGACGUCAGGAACACCAGGGGCGCCAGGGGCGCCAGCAGGAGCAAGCCCAUAUCCCAUUAUGCCGUGGCCAAUGGGGUUCGGUAUCGGAGGACCAGGGGGAGCACCUCAGCCUUCUCUCAUGAGCCACGCCUCAGGUCUUCUGACGAUACCGCCAAACUCAGCGACUAAUGAAAGGCAGGAUGAAAUAGGAGCCUCAGAGAAUGCAACCCCAACUCGUUCUUCCCCUCCUGAGAAUGGCGAUGCGACCCGGCCAUACGUUCAAAAUGGCCAAUGGGUGUUUCCACCUGCUGCUCACUUUGCCAUGGGAACCCAUCCCGCGUUUAUAGCCCCUUCAAUUAUGCCCAUGGUUGCUGGCCACAGACUCAUUCCCAACCAUGUCAUGGCUCCUAUGGCUCAGAGUAACGUGCAAGUGCCGCAUAUCCCACCACACGCAAUGGCCCUGUCAACUCCUCUUCAAUACCCCUCGGUACCAACCCCUACCCCCUCCACUGGACAGCACCAGUCCUCCAUCCGAGCAAGCCAGAUAACCAAGAAACAGCUUUCAGUUCUUCGUUCAUCCCUCAAGUGGGCAGAGGAUCAGCUCCAGUACAACAAGCACCAAAUUGACGAACGAACAAUGGAGCUUCAUGCAGAGUCGUUGCGCUAUUCCAUUGGACACUUCGAGAAGGUUCAAGAUGAGCAGGCAGCCAAUGAGAAACGGAGCCUCCCAAAAGACCAAGCCAAGGAAGACAUGAGUGACUCCGCCUCCGCAGAUGAAGGGCGAUCAAAGUCUCCAGUGACUAGCAGUGUGAAGCCUGAAAACAGCGCUGAAAGUUUCUCUAGUCUGCCAGAUGAGUCCUCCAUUGAGCGAGCUGAAAAGGAGAUGCCGACUACUCAGCGGAGGGCUUUCACUUCAAGCCAUGAGGACACCGCAGUUCAGGUUGCCCCGGCCCCGCAGAUUAUAGGAGUCUCUGAUAAUAUUGGCGCCAACAAGAGAUCGCUUACUUUGCCUGUCACAGCAGCACUGGCUCCUCCAUUCCAGCCUCGCGCUGUAGGAGGCCAGGCUACUAGGGAUGUGUUACUUGGCUCUGGUCUUCCUGAACCCAUGUACGAACAGGAUGCUUCUACCAAGCCUUAUCUCGUCGGACAACUUCCUCCCGGCAUGAGCGUUGAGCAUGCUCGGGAUACUGAUUACGUUUACCCUCGACAGCUUACUGAAGAUGAACUCCGAGCUCGUCAUAUGUAUUGGGGUAAAACUCCUCACCAUCUUCAGAGUGGGCUUCCCAAGUUUGAUGGCAAGAAUUUCUAUCCUCCUUCGCCACAGAGAAGCCAUUGUGCUGAGAAUGACUCGGAACUCAAUAACCAUGGACACGAUUCCCUUCAUGUUAAGGCGUCCCAGGUUGAAAGUGGUGAGAAGAAUGCUGGCAUUGAGGUCGACCCCUUUCAAACAUCUCGACAUGAUCCACGUCAAUACGGGCGAGGCGGAGUGGGAAUUGCCAUUGAGUCGGACUCAUCUCAGCAAUCUGGCAUGUCCACCAACGAUAGUGAUGCCUUUGGUAUUCAUCAUUCUCGCCAAGAUACUGGAAAAAAAGGUCAUAGGGGAAGUCGUCACCAUGUGACUACGACUGAUAAUCCCAAUGCUCGCUCAGAAAGCGACAGCCCCGACGAAAAUGACGAGAAGAGUAUCGUGUUCAAAGGGCGCAACUCUUUGCGCCAAACUCGACCAAGGCCUAGCAGCGGCAUAUGGCACGAUAUGAUGAAACGCGGUACAUCGAGCAGCAACGCAGUUCCAGGGACAGUAUCCUCUACAACAGCCCAGGGUGUUCUACCUCACUACAGCGGCCAUGCGACUGCGUCUCUCACUCCCACUGCAACCAAUAUCAACUCUUCUCCUCGGGAGCAAGCAACCAAGUCGGGAAAUGCCAACGAAGGUGGAUCAGCCAACUCCACUGUAGAGAGACAAAUCGAAAACAGGCCUCCAGGAGACGGCAAGCACCAUGCUUAUCCAGGUGUUCAAGGUUCGAAGAAGCGAACCUCGGUGCUUUGA